AGCCUCCAGGAGGAGAGCUUAGGGGAGAUAUCAGAGUCAGUGAGUCUGAGCCAUGGCUCUGCUACUGGACCGCUCCAACAACACAGCUUCCUACUACUGCCUCAUCCACCGCAGGUUCAAGAGGAGGCGAAAGAGACGCUCUGAACGGAAAGGUAGUGCAGGAACCCAGCCACCUGUAAUCCAGACCACUACAGAGGGGAGUCAAGUAGAAACCAUGAGUUCAUGCAGCACAGAUGUUAAGGAAAAUCGGAACUUGGACAAACUCUUCUCCAAAGAAGGGAUUGCACCUGAGGGUGCUCAACUCCCCAAGGGGAGUACUGGGGGUGGGAGGAAGCGUCCCUUAGAAGAGGGCAAUAAUGGGCAUGCACAUUCCAAGUACAGGCCCAAAAAGCGUAAGAAAGUCCCUGGGCCUAUUCUGCCAAAGAAUGCCCUCAUGCAGCUGAAUGAGAUCAAACCAGGGCUACAGUACAGACUUCUGUCUCAAACUGGGCCUGUCCAUGCACCAGUUUUUGUAAUGACUGUGGAGGUCAAUGGGCAGCUCUUUCGUGGUUCAGGUCCUACCAAGAAGAAAGCCAAGCUGAAUGCAGCGGAGAAAGCUCUGCGUUCCUUCGUCCAAUUCCCCAAUGCAUCUGAAGCCCACAUGGCCAUGGGCCGGACUCUUUCUGUUCACACGGAUUUCACCUCUGAUCAAGCUGACUUUCCCAACGUGCUAUUUAACGCCUUUGAGUCAUCAACCCCAGUAGAUGACUCAUUUUACCUCACUUCUAACAGCCAUGGUUCCUUCAGUACACUGGGACUAGAAUACUCACUGUUGCCCUCCGCUGUCCCAUGCCUGGCCCAGGUAUCCUUACCUUCAGCCCCCAAUGCCUUCAUCUGCCCAACAAUUGGCAAGAAUCCAAUCAUGACCCUCAACGAGCUGCGGCCAGGCCUCAAGUAUGACUUUGUGUCUGAGAGUGGAGAGAGCCAUGCCAAAAACUUUGUCAUGUCAGUGACUGUAGAUGCUCAGAUGUUCCAGGGCUCUGGACGGAAUAAGAAGCUGGCUAAGUCCAGGGCAGCCCAGGCUGCACUUUCAGCUCUCUUUAACAUGCAUCUGGAUCAGACACCAUCACGGCAGCCUAUACCCAGAGAAGGACUGCAGCUUCACCUGCCACAGGUCCUGGCAGAUGCCGUCUCUCGCCUGGUUGUUGAAAAAUUCAGCGAACUGACUGAUAACUUCACUUCACCACAUGCUCGUAGGAAAGUGCUGGCUGGUGUCGUCAUGACAGCAGGGACAGAUGUGAAGCAGGCUCAGGUAAUCUGUGUGUCCACGGGGACAAAGUGUAUCAAUGGUGAAUACAUGAGCGACAGAGGUUUGGCGCUGAACGACUGUCAUGCUGAGAUUGUGGCUCGUCGAUGCCUCAUCAGGUACCUGUAUGCCCAGUUGGAGCAUUUCCUCAGUAACAAUGAAGAGGAGCAGCAGAAAUCGGUCUUCACCAGGUGUGAAAACAGAUACGGGUUCCAGCUGAAGCAGAACAUUGAGUUCCAUCUGUACAUCAGCACCUCUCCUUGUGGCGAUGCUCGCAUUUUCUCACCUCAUGAAGCUGGAGUGGAGGAUCAUGGAGAUAGACAUCCAAACAGAAAAGCUCGUGGGCAGCUCCGCACUAAAAUUGAAUCUGGGGAAGGAACCAUCCCUGUACGCUCCAGUAACACCAUUCAGACGUGGGACGGGGUUCUUCAGGGCGAAAGGCUUCUUACCAUGUCCUGCAGUGACAAAAUCGCCAGAUGGAAUGUGGUUGGAUUUCAAGGCUCAUUGAUGACCUACUUCACUGAAACAAUGUACUUCUCCAGCAUCAUCCUGGGCAGCCUCUACCACGCAGACCAUCUCUCCAGAGCCAUGUACCAGAGGGUUUCAGAGAUUGAAGAACUGCCGCAGUCCUUCAGCUUAAAUCGACCACUUCUCAGUGGAAUAAGCAAUGCUGAAGCUCGUCAGCCGGGGAAAGCACCAAAUUUCAGUGUGAACUGGACAAUGGGAGACCAUGGACUCGAGGUUAUUAAUGCCACCACUGGCAAAGAUGAUUUGGGUCAACCAUCCAGGCUAUGUAAACACACCCUCUACAGCCAGUGGACACGCCUCUAUAAUAAGCUCUCCUCUACCUUGCGGAUCAGAACCGUGAGGCCUAGGAGCUACUACGAGGCCAAGCAGGCAGCGGUGGACUACCAUGCUGCCAAACAGACACUCUUCAGAGCGUUCCACAAAGCCGGAUUGGGCGCCUGGGUGAAGAAACCUAUCGAGCAGGACCAGUUUGCUCUGGCCACCUGAGUCAGUGUUGGGCUGUUAUAUAACUGCUCGCUUUACUUUCAGCAACAUUCUUGGUUAAUUUCAGUGUUGAAUUUUUUUAAAAUAUGCCUAAUUUUUUUAUGCCUCACACUCCACCACCUGUGUCAGCCAGCACAUUUAUUGCUACGUUCAUAAAAAGAUCAUCAUUCAGUUAUGCAACUUUAUACAAAAGGGGAAUUGUAAUAAAAAGUUCUGAACACUGGAAAGCAUAACGGUUUAAAAUAGCACUUGUUUAUAAGAGAAUUCUGACAAUAAUUAUUUUGCAUGCAAUUAUACCACAUUCAUGUUUGUUACUAUCCUCAGUGUCAUCUCAAGUGAUGAUGCACAUUUGAAGUCAACAUGUUUUUAACUGUAUGAAUCAAAGUUUCGUCCUGCAGUUCUUCUCUAUGGUGUGGAACUAUUGUUGAAUGAUGUCAAUAGGGUUUAGUUCUAAAAUAAAUAAAUAAAUAAAUGGAAUAAUCUUUGCCAGCUGUGAUU